UCACGUGGACUAAUUGUACCACAUUUUCUGCCAAAUAAUUAAAAUAGUGUGUAAGACACAAGUGUGCCAGUUGACGAUAUUCAACGGACCAUGAUGUUGCGUUUUGUAGCAACCAUAGCUGUUGCUAUAUUGGUGUUUCAGUUUAUAGAUGUGACAGAUGGGAAGAACUCUGAUCUGAGAGGAAGUGAAGACAAUGAGUUCAACCUUUUGAAUGAACAGGGUGAAGGGUUUGCGGCCGGUACCGAACGGGUUAUUGAGGUGAAAGAUGACAAGACAAAAGUCAAACCAGCAGCGACCGUUCAUCAGGAUGGCUUUAUCAAACGUUUCUUCAAGAGGAUCUGGUCCAUUGUAUCCUGGCCAUUUAAAGAAGCGUACGUAUGGUUCAAGAUAAAGAGAACCAGCGCCAAGGUCGCUAAAACAAAAUCACUUAAAAUCCCAAACUAGAUUCCAGCAAUGGUUAAGAAUUCGUCUUGGGAUUGUUUGCUAAAAAACAAAUGAAACAUGAAUAAAACAUUGUUUAUAAUA